GCCCGCGUGUAGCUGCUAGAAAGAUAUCAAAAAAAUUGCCUCCUCAGUCCUCAAAAUCACCCGGUUCAACUUCUGUCAGCAAAUGAUGGGCAAACUAGCGGACUUGGCCCGAAGAGCGGUCUCUUCCGUCGCCCACAGCCACCACCAGACUGCAGCUUCAACCUCAAUUUCGAGUUCGUGCUUCCGCUAUUACUCCUCAGUAACAACAACCUCUCCUCCCCCUAACAACAAGCUGUUUGUUGGUGGUCUUUCGUUGUCAGUUGAUGAGAAGUCGCUUUUGGACGCCUUUUCUUCGUACGGGGAGGUUACGGAAGUGAGGAUUCUGUAUGAUAAAGAGACUGGUAGAUCCAGAGGUUUUGGUUUCGUCCAUUUCUCAAAAGAAGAUGAGGCCACAUGUGCAAGGGAUGCAAUGGAUGGAAAGGCAUUUUUUGGUCGGCCAUUGAGGAUAACAUUUGCUCUUGACAAGGUUCGUGGUGCACCUGUAGUGGUCCCUAGAGUUAGAAACAGUGAAAAUGCUCCCGUGCCAGAAAGGCGUAAUUCGUUCAAGAGUGUGUAAUUUGGAAUGGUGUGAGUAUGACAUUGUAAUAGCUGCAGAGUAUCAGAACUUUUGAAGGUAGGGUUCAAAAUCUCUUGUUUGUUGAGCACACUAGUCAAGCUAGAGUUUUCUCAGGCUAUCUGAUUCUUGUAUUGUCCUACGGCAAUAUUUAUGCUUCCUCCAGCAAAUUGCAUGUGGCAGAGUUAAAAUUGCUUGCUACCCAGAUCAAACACAUUUGAGAAA